GUUCGAUGUCUGACUACGGUUUAUUCAUUUGGAACUAAAGUAUUCGAGUCAGUAGAAGCGAAGUCGGCAACAGCUUAUAGGGAUGGCAAGCAUGUACAUAGCUUUGGAUUUGUAAACCAGUUUUUUAAUUCAUUCCUGAAUGGAGUCCGGUUGCUUGGUACGAAAGAGGAGGUAGAAGUGGCGUUGUGUAACUUGUCAGUUGUCCAAAUCUAUGAAGACCUUGAU